CACCCUGUCCGCUGGCAUCGGCGAGGUCUUUCCGGGCGCGCCUGCCUGCUUGCCUGCCUUUCGCGCUGCCAGCCUUGGCGCUCCGUCCUUCCGCCGGGCUCCUGCCGCGCCUGACGUUUGGGCCGCCCGAGAGGAACCUUUCGGUCCGUGACGAAGGAGGGGCCCCGAAGCUUCGCCCCAGCAGCUUCGCCCGGCAGCGCCGCGCCUUUCUCCGUCCCGGGCGCCGGAGAGCCUCGCCGCGGCUGCUGCUCUCCGAGGGCGCGGAGCCGGUGCCCGCGUCCUCUCUCGCCCGCCCGCCCGCCGCUCCGGGUCCCGCGGUCCGUCCGACGGCGAUGGUGCGCCGCCUGUGCGCGCUGCUGUGGGCGCCGCUGUGGGCUCUGGCGUCGGCGGCUCCGGGCCCGGUGGUGCGCUGCGAGCCGUGCGACUCUCGGGCGCGGGCGCAGUGCCAGGCGCCGGCGGCCACGUGCGCGGAGCUGGUGCCCGAGCCGGGCUGCGGCUGCUGCCAGACGUGCGCGCUGCCCGAGGGACGCCCGUGCGGCGUGUACACGGAGCUGUGCGGCGCCGGGCUGCGCUGCCGGCCGCGCCGGGGCGAGCAAAAGCCCCUCCACGCGCUGCUCGACGGCAAAGGGCUUUGCACCAACGUCAGCGGCGCCCACGAGGAACCCGCGCCCGGAGCAGGAGGAGAACUGCGAGCCUUGCUGCUGCGAGGGACCCACGGGCCAGGGAAUGCCAGCAAUUCGGAGGAAGACCAGAACAUCAGCAGCACAGAGAAUCAGUCUGUCUCCAACACACAGAGACUGUUGGAACCCAAGUCACAUGCUCACCACACCAAAAUAGAUGUCAUUAGGAAAGAGCAUGCCAAAAAUACCCAACGCUACAAAUACGAUUCACAAAGCACAGACACACUGAAUUUCUCUUCUGAGUCCAAGCAGGAGACUGAAUAUGGUCCUUGUCGCAGAGAAGUGGAAGACACAUUAAGCAACCUCAAGAUUCUGAAUGUCUUAAGCCCGAGAGGAUUGCAUAUUCCGAAUUGCGACAAGAAGGGAUUCUACAAGAAAAAACAGUGUCGUCCAUCCAGAGGCCGAAAAAGAGGCUACUGCUGGUGUGUGGAUAAAUAUGGGCAGCGACUCCCUGGAUAUGAUGGGAAGGGGAAAGGAGAUGUCCAUUGCUACAAUCUAGAAAGAAAAUGAGGGAUAUCCACCACCUUCUGUGGAAUCUGCGUGUGGCAUUUUAACCAUCAGAAGCCUUGGAAUGACUGGGCUGCAGCAUAGACUUGGGAGCUCUGAGUUUGGGCCCCUUCGGAUACUGCAGGGAGUCAGUCUCUGCCACUGACACACUUCUGGCUUUCCAUCUGGUCACACAAGGAGUUCUGAAAUCCCAACUAAAUCUGCACUAUGGAUACCCAGAAAAGAAGUAAAGGGCUAAAAGGCACUUCGGAAUGGAUUCAGGGAGUCUCCACUGACUUUGUGUUGGUUUGUUUUUUAAUUAACAGCCUGUGACCAAUUUGAUCCCAAAAGAUAACUCUCCUUCUAUGUUGAAGAAUUUAUAGACUGUAAGCUUUGUAAAGAUAUUAAACAUAUUGGAUAAGACCCAAUCCAAGCUAAGCACUUUUUAAGUUGCCUGGAUUUCAGUUGGGGAGUUAAGCAUGAGCUCAUUUUUAUUCCAGUGAAAUUACUUAUAAGUAAUAUAGUGUGGAGUGGAUCACACCCAAGGUUUCAAAGUAAAAGCAUUUUUGUUUUGUCUUUAUACAGGUUUGACGAGAAACUUUUAUCUUCACGGGUAAAAUAUUUUAUUAAAAAGAAAGCUAAAAGAACUUUUUAAAAAAGAAACAUGUUUCUACUUGGCUAUUUUUUCUGUAAAAUAUACUGUAUUAUGAAUAUUCUGUUAGUCUGUAUUUAAUAUAAUUGUUUUUUUAAUAAACUAUUUAAAUAUAACAUAAAUGUUAUACAAUCAUUAUAGCAUAUGCUUUCAAAUUCUCUUCCCCAGGAUACUUUCCAAAGCUUGCAUCUAUAUCUCCAAGAUAAGUGUAGUAUUCUUGAUAGGGAGGCUACUCACCCUUUCAAUAUGUCAGAAGUCCAUGGAGCAAAAAAUGGCAGGGAUUUUGAAAAGCAAGCAAGGAAGCUUAUUUACGAUAAGAUUUAUAUUUGCCAUACUAAGAAUAUUAUUUUGCAUUAAGUGUUCUAUAUGUCUAACUACAGUUCAGGAAAGGUGUUCACUCCUAAAUUAACCUUAUCUGGGCUAGUCUAAUCAGCUCUAUCCAAAGUGUUUAUAAGAUUGAUUAAGCCAUUAACUAGGCAGAUUGGAAAAGGAGGAUUUUAGUUACCUCAG